AUGCACCAGACCCCCUGCACAAGGCUCGAUUUCUUUCUACUCAACAAAGAGCAGAUCAUGCAGUGGGAUGCACAGAGGCUGAACGCUCCAGUAAGGUAUCUAAUUCCCACACCAACUAGGCCUGGUAAUGAAACGCGUAUCGAGCAUGGAAUUGUCUGCAGCACUGAUGCAAAUUGUAAUAACAAUGCAUCGGCAUCACCCUCAUCAGUAUGUCUUGCAGAGUCUUCUGCUUCCACCCAUCCAUCCUCACAACAGGCUGGAUCCAUCCAGCUCGCUUCCACACACUCUAUUAGUAGUGUUGCUUCUAGUCUUAGUACACUCGUUAUCGAUAGUUAUCAAGGAUCUAUUCUACGGCACUUUAUGUCUAUCGCCCCAUACAAUGAAUCUGCUUUACAUGUCAACACCCAGGAGGUGCCCUGGCGACUCUCCACCGGAUCGACAUUAAACCCCGUCGACUCGUUGGGUCGCGGUCCACUAACUGGAACCGUUCACGAGUACACGUAUGCGAUUGCUCAACGGUUUAUAGAUAUCAGCGGCACGUCAGCCUCCUUUGCUGUGCUUUCCGGGACUAAUUCUUCUCAUACAAUUCAGCAGUUUCCAGCUAAGACCUAUAUAUUUAGGCCAAUUAGCGACGCAAUGCAUAUUUCAAACUAUGACGAACUUCUCUUGGAUGUUUCUGCGGAUGGAACCUCGGCCACAGAUAACUCGGGCCCGGUUACGGACCAACAGUUUUCAGAGCACGAUGGUGUUACGCUUUUUCAAGUGACUUCACCAUCCGUUGAUGUUGCAAUUUCCACCAGCACUGCAACCCCAGCGUUUCAGGAUCCUGUUCUGGACUCCCUUAUGCUUUCAGCUUAUGGGGAUCCUACCCUGCUUGAUGCUCAUUCUGCUUAUGAGUUUUCAGAGCUUAUGAGACAUGCAGAGCCCGUUACCACACUAAACACCACAAACUUAUGCACCCCAAAGGCUGGACACGUACACGAUCCAUACUUAGUUAGUCCUACAACAAGUCAUCGCUGGGCUCAUCACCGUGCAUUCACUGCCCUGACCCCAACUAGUCUAUAUAUGCCAAAGUAUCUUAGAGGCCGAGCCAUGAAUGUUCCAGCAGAGAUUCAAUUGAAAAAACGAUUAUUCCAUGGCCGUCGUAUGAUAAGGAUAGUAGUUAGUAACCAACCCAUCAUUGGAGAUGGUGAAAAUGAUUGUACUGGCACUCUAUUCUCCUCCGUGGCGGGAAGCUCUGUCGAGGCCUACCAGGUCCUGCCAGUUGGUGCCCAGACGGAUGAUUUUAUGCCUCAGGAUGCAUUCAUUUUUUAUUGCAAAGACGGAAUGCAAGCUGGGUGGGAAGAUCAGGAUCUCUCCCAGACUAAUGCACUUUCUCCUCUGAAGGCCUCCCUCAUGUCGCCACUUGUGCCUUUUGCGCUCAAUGUUCCUGGAGAUAUAGGUUACCGGAGUGUACGAGUUAAUCGAGAAACAAUUCAAUCACCAAUCCUCAAGAAUAGUGUUCUUGCUGCGACACCGAAAGUGGUCAUUUUGCCGGAAAAUAGCACAAGUACACACGGUAGACGCUUUCUGGUGACGCCCAUACACUCAUCAACGCCACGCAAUGACUCUGGAUCUGGAUUUAAGUCUUUGAAUUAUCAUGCUCUAUCCAGCAAUGAAACAUCAAGCGAGAAGGGAUUAAGUGAUGUUAUUUCUGAUCAGAGCUACGACUCUCUCUUUAUUGAUACUCGUAAGCAAGUGAAACUUGCGGGUGCCAGUACAACUACUCCGUACAACUUCUCGCUAGAGUGUACUAGAAAGGAUUUGCGCGACAUUCCCUUGCCUCCAACGUUAAAGAAAAAUUAG